AUGGAUGGAAAUGGUGUGGUAUUUUGUAGAUGUGGGCUGGUUGCAAAGUUGACUACAUGCUGGAAGGAUGAUAAUCCCGGGAGAAGAUUCUUGAGUUGCCCUCUAUAUCCUAGGGUUGAUAGGUGCAAUUUUUUUCGAUGGCAUGACCCGGAAAUGGGUGCAAGAGCAGUAGCUGUGAUUCCAGGCUUGCUCCACAACGCUAAUGCUAAAGAAAUAGAAAUCAGACGCCUGAAGAAGCAGCUAUUUUAUAUGCAGAUUGGUGGGAUUGUUUUGAUGGUUCUUUGGCUCUACGGUUUGAUGAAAGUUUGA